CUCGCUCCCGGGGCGUCGCCUCGCGUGCGCUGGAGCCGCCGAGGCCGCCCCCAGCACCGGAAGUGACCCUGGCGGGUUUGCCUUCAAAUUCUCGGCGAGCUGAAGCGGCGCCGGGGCUGGUGACGGUUGGACAUCGCCGUCCUGGGGCGGCGAGCGCGGAGCAGAGUGGUCGGGGCUGCGCAGGGCCCGGCCUCCUCGCCGCCCUGAGCCCCGCACGGCCCUUCCCCUCCGCCUGGCGGUGGGCGGUUUCCCACGGAGCCUCGGCAGCCGCAGCUUACAAUUGAGCAUGAGUCUUCUUAUGAUCAGUGAGAACGUAAAAUUGGCCCGUGAGUAUGCACUACUGGGAAACUAUGACUCCGCAAUGGUAUAUUAUCAGGGAGUUCUUGACCAGAUGAACAAGUAUCUGUAUUCAGUCAAAGACACCUAUCUCCAGCAGAAAUGGCAACAGGUUUGGCAGGAAAUAAAUGUGGAAGCUAAACAUGUUAAAGAUAUCAUGAAAACACUGGAGAGCUUUAAACUAGACAACACUCCACUGAAAGCUGCACAGCAUGAGCUUCCAGCUUCUGAGGGGGAAGUCUGGUCCUUGCCUGUACCUGUUGAACGAAGACCCUCACCAGGGCCUCGAAAACGCCAGUCCCCUCAGUACAGUGACCCUAAACCACAUGGCAACCGUCCAGGUACAACUGUCAGAGCUCACCGUUCAUCUACACACAAUCUUCACAACGACAGAGGGAAAGCCGUUCGCUGUCGGGAAAAGAAAGAACAGAAUAAAGGAAGAGAGGAAAAGAACAAAUCACCUGCUGCAGUUACUGAACCAGAGACAAGUAAAUUUGAUAGUACUGGAUAUGAUAAGGACUUAGUAGAAGCUUUGGAAAGAGAUAUAAUUUCUCAGAAUCCCAAUGUUCGAUGGGAUGAUAUUGCUGAUUUAGUAGAAGCUAAAAAGUUGCUAAAGGAAGCUGUGGUGUUACCAAUGUGGAUGCCAGAAUUCUUUAAGGGCAUUAGGAGGCCAUGGAAAGGAGUGUUGAUGGUUGGCCCACCCGGCACAGGAAAGACCCUCCUUGCUAAAGCAGUAGCUACAGAAUGCAAGACAACAUUCUUCAAUGUGUCUUCAUCAACUCUAACUUCCAAAUACAGAGGAGAGUCCGAGAAGCUUGUUCGUCUAUUAUUCGAAAUGGCUCGAUUUUACUCUCCAGCCACCAUAUUUAUCGAUGAGAUAGAUUCCAUUUGUAGUCGCAGAGGGACUUCUGAAGAGCAUGAAGCAAGCCGAAGGGUGAAAGCCGAGCUGCUGGUUCAAAUGGAUGGUGUUGGAGGUGCUUCUGAAAAUGAUGACCCUUCCAAAAUGGUUAUGGUUCUGGCAGCUACUAAUUUUCCCUGGGAUAUUGAUGAGGCGUUAAGACGACGUCUUGAAAAAAGAAUCUAUAUUCCAUUACCAUCAGCAAAAGGCAGGGAGGAGCUGUUACGAAUAAGUCUACGUGAACUGGAAUUGGCUGAUGAUGUUAACCUUGCAAGUAUAGCAGAAAAUAUGGAAGGUUACUCAGGUGCAGACAUUACCAAUGUGUGCAGGGAUGCAUCCUUGAUGGCAAUGAGAAGGCGUAUUGAAGGUUUGACCCCAGAAGAAAUCAGAAAUCUUUCAAGAGAAGAAAUGCACAUGCCUACAACUAUGGAGGAUUUUGAAAUGGCUUUAAAAAAGGUUUCUAAGUCAGUUUCUGCUGCAGACAUUGAAAGAUAUGAGAAAUGGAUAUUUGAGUUUGGAUCAUGCUAAAGUCUCACAUGCAAACUGUGAGAAACCUGCCUUAAGUGUUUGAAUAAUAAUUAAAUGUAGUAUUUCAUUGCAUUGAGUGCUAUAUUUUUUUAAACUUUCAUAAUGGUAAGAUUUAAAAAAAGAAAAGUAUGAUUCUGAAUAAAUAAAGGCAAUUUUUUAAAGCUGCAAGCAAAUCUCUUUUACUUUAGUAUUAGCUAAUUUCUUUCACUGACCAUGUAUGUUUGCAGCACAGAUGCAAUUACUUAGGUUGGAAGUGUCUUUGUAUGGACUUCUAGGUACAGCAUCUUCUCUUCCACUGUCCGGCUGCCAUUCCUUUUAGGGAGUAAGAUUGGCUCUAGCACCUUGGGUGCCAGUGAAUAACUGAAAAUUCCUGAACAUUUUACAUAAGUAGCCAACUGAGGCACAAACCAUGCACCCACUGUGCCUUCCUGCUUGGCGUUACGGUAGCUUCCCUCCUCUUCCUGGGAGAGCUUUAAAGACCCUUCAUUUUAUCAUCUACUUAAAGAGAAAAAAAAAUACACACACACACUCCUGCUUGACUUUAGUCUGCCUACAUAUGAGGCUGCACUACAGGCUGCUCCCUUUGCUCUAAUGAAUGAAAUUCAUUAUUAGCCCAUUCUUUCAUGGAUACAAAGCAUAAUUAAAUGAACAGUUAAUGGUAUAAGUUAAUAAAAGUUAAUGGUAUAAAAUCUUAAGUAAGCUCCCUGUUUAGGAUUACUUUUUAGGAACACCUGGGUGGCGCAGCAGUUGAGCCUCUGCCUUUGGCCCCAGGUGUGAUCCUGGAGUCCCGGGAUUGAGCCCCACAUCAGGCUCCCUGCAAGGAGCCUGCUUCUUUCUCUGUCUCUCAUGAAUAAAUAAAUACAAUAUUUUAAAAAAAUUUUUAAGGAUUACUUUUUAAAAAAAUAACUGUAUCAUCCCAACCAUAGAAAAGAGAGCACCAAGCCAUAGUUCCUGGUCUCCCCGGUAAGGAGGCAAAGCAGAACAGGACUUUGCUGACUGUAAAGCCUACACUCUCCAGUUGGCCACAUAGCCUCCUCCACAGUUCUCAUGAGAUUCUCUGUAAGCUUAAUAGACUAUCAUUAUUUGAAGUUAGAAUUGGUGAUUUCCAGCAUCUUAAAGUGAGGAAGGACAUAAAGUGUUACUGGCUGGGUGACUUUAGGAUCAAAGUGAAUCACAUGCUAUUAUUUAUUCAUAUAAUAUGGAGAAAGUAUAUUUCACAGGGCUGUUAUAUUUCUUAUUAAAAACAGCUAGGCGGAAAACAAAACAAAACAAAACAAAAAACAGCUAGGCGUGAUAAAACCUCACUCCUCCACUCUGCUCCCUGUCAUCCUUACCCCACACAUACAUAUCUACUUAACCCAACUCUAAGAUGGUUUUAUUUUUUUCCCCUCUCCACUAAGGUGGUCUUACAAACCAGUCAGUCAUUAUUUUACUGAACAAUGUGUUUAAAAUGACAGGUUGCAAUAAAAAAGUAAUAAAACAAAAUAGGAAAUAUCUGUCAUUUGGAAUAAAAGCAAGUAUUUUAUGUACUACAUCACAUUAUAAAACAUGUUAAUGGGGGUGAUGGUUAAAAAAAGAUCACUGUUGAAGGAUAAAUGACACUUAAGGAG